UGUAGUAUAGUGCGGGGUAAUGACGCUUGUGCUGCUGUGAACCUCGAAUCGAGCUGGAGUUGCGAAUCCAUGAAUGCUUGACGCAUAUUAUUUUCGCGACGGUCAUCGGCGAAUUGUGAUAAUCGAUAUUAUUGCUGUUCUACACUUAUCUUCGUCAGUCAACCGUGCUUCUCUGUAUAGUGAGCACAUGCAGUGAUUUUCUACGACAUUUCAUCUUCAACUGCGUGACGUCUUCUGGAACGAAUUCCACUCUGCCGUCUAUACCAGCGGCAGGGGAGCACUUUGUUGCAAAAGAUGCCCUUUCCCCCCAACCACUGGCUUUGACGUGUGUGGUUAUAUAAUAGUGCAUGUCUUCAUUUUCUUGAAGUGAUUAAUAUGGCGAGCGUCGCGGAUCCAUCAGGGUUCAGUAUUAAUGAAGGUAUCUUAGCUGCUAUUGCGUUGAAAAGGCAAGGAACUUUCGAAGGAGUGAAUCGAAAAAAUUGUUGGAGAGAUUUGCGGAAGAUUUUCAUUUACGGAGAAGAUUUAGAUGACGAGGACGAUGACGAUGAGGCUGUUCCUGAGUCUGGUGCACCUGCCUUAAUCUCCAAGUCACUGGCAGAAAAGCUGAGCUCUGGUCUGAAAUGUCACCUUCGCUCGCGACGCAUCAUGAACGCAUCGCAGGACGUAUCAUUGCUGAACGUCUGCAUCAGUAACAGGAUGGAAGGAUCAGCGGACGGCUCACAGCACAGCUGCCGUCGACGGAUGCGGAUCUCAUUGGACGAUUGCGCCUUAGCAUUGCAGGCUUUGUUGGAUUUGUGCGGCUACGAUGACGCGAAACUGACGCAGGAUUGUCUCUCGGAAAGUAUCUCGGUGGCGAUUCUGAUGAACGAAGGGCUUCGUUUGGAUGCGGACAUCAAGCGACGGGAAACGUUCUUGAAGUUUCAUGAUGAUGUUGUGGUGAUGCUGAAGAACUUCGUGGAGGCGUUAAUUGCCCCGGUGAAAUGGAACAGUAGUGCUGCUGAAGUACGAGUAAGAGCUGAGAUUUUGAUGGCUCUUCUUCGUCAAGAGAACACUUUCUUCAUCGUGAUGAGACAGCUGUUUGAAUUUGGCACUAAUUUGCUACCACGGCUUCUUUGUCCCAGCAGCAGCACUGGAAUUCGGGCGACUAAUGACCGCGACGAUGCGAUGGUAUUAUCAACUUCGCGUAAGAAGACGGUAUUUUUGGUGACUGUUUGCCUGAACGGAUUGUUGAGGGUCGGCGAUGAGAUUUCAGUUAGAUUAAGACUUAUUUUGCCGAAAUUUACAAUGGCGAAAGCUGGUAAAGAAGGAGCCAAGUGGCUGAAGCAGUUGAUCUUCAACUAUUCUCGUUAUCGUGUCUAUGGAGUGUACCACGAUGACAUGUUGGCCGAAAAUAAUACGGUUAAAGAGGCGUUGCGUCGAAUCCCAGCCCACAUCACGGACGAAAGAGCUUUCAGAAUUUCCCGUGCCCUAGAUUUAAAUUUGAAGAAAGACAUUCUUCCCAAAUCCCAGUGGACCUCAUUCGAAGACGACGUCGCUAACGGUCGAUACCUGCAACCAUACCUGGAAGAAGUAGAAAGUGAGCACCGAGAAUUACAGGAAUGGAACUCGAAGUGA